AAAAAGGUCCACUCUUAAUUUACAAUUCACUCACUGCCACUGGUGGUCUCUCUCUCUCUCUGCUCCACAAAAUGGCCGUAGCUACAACCUUAUCAUCAUCACCGUCGCUAAAUUUCAUCAAUGGCUCACAUAGAUUUGUCUCUGCAGCUCCUUUCUCUUUUAGCUCUAACUCACUCCGCCGUCGGACCCGCCGCAUGAAUCAUUCAUUUGCUUCGUACCGUAGCUCUCAGUCGCGUAGGCGAUAUGAUUCAGACGAUCGAUUCUUUGGCGGGUACGAUGUGGUUCCCGAUGAGGAUGAGGAUGACGAUGAAGAUGAUGAAGAAGACGAGAGAGAGAGCAGCAUCGAUCUUUUGAUCAGAUUCUUGAGAAGCAUGUUCAAGAAAGUCUCGAAACGUGCUAAGAAAGCAUCGCGUCGGGUUUUGCCAGCAGCUAUGUCUCCUCGUCUCGUGUCUUUUGCAGUAGAUGGAAUAUUGUUAUUGGGCUCACUAUCCAUAACAAAAGCAUUUCUUGAGGUAAUAUGCAAUCUAGGAGGAACCGUGUUUACGGUGAUUCUGCUGAUCAGAUUGUUCUGGACGGCAGCUUCCUUCUUCCAGACUUAUGGGAGCACUUUUGGACCAAACCCGUUAACUUAAAAUCUAGUUUUUUUUGUUACUGAUCAUGUCUUGGACUUGUAGCUUCGAUGUGUAAGAAAAAAUUGUAUGAUAGUUGUUGUGUACAUGUCGCUGGAGAGUUAUCUAAGUGAUCAAGAGUUAGAGAAGACGAAA